GCGCCCGAGCCGCCGCGGCCGCCGCCAACAUGGCCGAGACAAGCGAGGAGGUGGCGGUGUUGGUGCAGCGGGUGGUGAAGGACAUCACCAACGCCUUCAGGAGGAACCCGCACAUAGAUGAAAUUGGCCUGAUCCCAUGUCCUGAAGCUAGGUAUAACCGGAGUCCCAUAGUCCUGGUUGAAAACAAACUUGGUGUGGAGAGCUGGUGUGUGAAGUUCCUUUUACCAUAUGUCCACAACAAGCUCCUUUUGUACAGAACGAGAAAACAAUGGCUGAACAGAGAUGAAUUGAUAGAUGUCACAUGCACCCUGCUGCUUCUAAACCCAGACUUUACCACUGCAUGGAACGUGAGGAAAGAGCUGAUCCUCUCUGGCACUUUAAAUCCAAUUAAAGAUUUACAUCUGGGAAAAUUGGCCUUAACUAAAUUUCCAAAGAGUCCAGAAACAUGGAUUCACAGGAGAUGGGUGCUACAACAGCUAAUUCAGGAAACCUCCUUGCCUUCCUUUGUAACCAAAGGAAACUUGGGAACAAUUCCUGCAGAAAGGACACUUCGGCUAAUACAAGAAGAGAUGGAGGUCUGUGGUGAAGCAGCAGGGAGAUACCCAAGCAACUAUAAUGCCUGGUCCCAUCGCAUCUGGGUUUUACAACACUUGGCCAAGCUAGAUGUCAAGAUUCUUCUUGAUGAACUAUCUUCUACUAAACAUUGGGCGUCCUUGCACGUUUCAGACCACAGUGGAUUUCACUACCGCCAGUUUUUGUUAAAGUCUUUGAUUAGCCAAACUGUGAUAGACAGUUCUGUGUUGGAGCAAAACCCUUUGAGAAGUGAGUCAGCGCUAGUUCUUCCAAAAGAUGAAGAAGCAGCAGCUUCAACAGAGGAACCAAGGAUAAAUCUCCCUCAUCUUCUAGAAGAAGAAGUUGAAUUCAGCACUGAUCUUAUCGAUUCCUACCCAGGACAUGAAACCCUUUGGUGUCAUAGGCGGCAUGUUUUCUACCUUCAGCAUCAUUUAAAUGCAGGCCCCCAACUGUCUCAGGCAAUGGAAGUGGAUGGACUAAGUGACUCAAGCAAGCAAGGCUAUUCCCAGGAAACCAAACGCCUGAAGCGGACCCCGGCUCCAGACUCCCUAGGCCUAGAAAUGGAGCACAGGUUCAUUGAUCAAGUGUUGUCCACUUGCCGGAACGUAGAGCAAGCCAGGUUUGCCAAUGCAUACAGGAAGUGGCUGGUUACUUUGAGUCAAUGAAAGAGGUGGAUUAGU